AUGAUGAAAAGGCUUUUCUUGAAUGAUUAUUCAAUUUCUUUGACUCGUAGAGGGACGAUCAAUACAGCAGCCACCUUAUCAUAUUUACCAUCACUCCUUCAUCAAACAAGGAUACGACCAUUUCAUGAAUCAAGAGUAGUUACGUAUGGAUAUCAAUUUAAAGAACGUACCGAGUUGGUUAGAGAAUUUAUUCAUGACUCUCUUUACAAUCCCGAGUAUGGUUAUUUCAAUAAGAAGGACCAUGAAUUAAUUAUAACGCAUCCAGUGCUACGAGAUGAAAAAUUAACUCGGACGGAUACCACUGAAACGGAUCAAUUUGAAAAAGAUUUAGUGAAUAAUAAUUUAUCAUUUGAUGAACAAAUGAUUUUACCUUUUCAUGAAUUGCAAGAUCAAUUAGAUUAUUUGGAAAACUUGUCAGAAUUAUAUCAACGAGGUCCUCAAAGUUGGGGAACACCCAUCGAAAUAUUUCAACCAUAUUAUGGAAUCGCCAUUGCAGAAUACAUGUUACGAACUACCUUUGGAGAAGGAAAGAAUGAAAAUUUAGAAAAACCACUUAAAAUUUAUGAAAUGGGAGGUGGAAUGGGAACAUGUGCUCGGAAUGUAUUGGAUUAUUUAGAAAAGGAAUAUCCAGAAAUUUACAAGCGAACAGAAUAUAGUAUUAUUGAGAUUUCUUCACAACUUCACGAACAACAAAAAAUUAGAUGUGCUAGACAUGUAAAAAACGGUAAACUAAUGCUUCAUCACGCCUCUUUCAUGGAUUGGAGCAAUGUUGAACAAGAUGAAUGUUUUGUAAUUGCUAUGGAGGUGUUAGACAACUGUGCUCAUGACAAGGUAUCCAUUGACGGCGAAGGAAAUGUACUUGAAUGCCAUGUUUUUGAAGAUCCCCUUACGAAUUAUUAUGGAGAGGUUUUUCUUCCUUGUCAAGAUGAGCUAAUUAUACGAUAUCUUUAUUUAUCAGGAAUCAUUGAGGGAGACACUCAAAAUACAUCAAAUUCUGUUUCUCAGAGAUAUUUUUACAAAGCUAUUGAGGAUUUAAGAGCUGGAAAAAUCAAAAAAGGUAUAAGAUCUUUCUUCUCCAAGUCCGUUGGGGGAAUGAGAUCUUUAUUAAUGAGCUCCAUAGGUGGAGAUCAUGUGAUGUUCAUUCCCACAGUGCAACUUCAAAUCAUUGAGAAGCUCUAUCAAAAUUUUCCCAAACACAGACUCAUAUGUGCCGAUUUUGACUAUUUAGGAACUGAUGAAUCAGGUGAAACCAAUCUUCGAGAAAAAAGAACCAUCUUUCUCAAAAAGGAAGAUAUCACAUCAGACGAAAAUUACAGCAUUGAAUCUCAUUCAUUUCGGUCGUAUCUCGUUCCAAAGGGUGAAUGUGAUAUUUUCUUUGCCACUGAUUUUGCAACCAUGCAACAAGUGUACGGAAAAGUUUGUAGAGACAACAAUGGAAUGUUGAGAGGUUCUAAGGUUGUGAAAUCAUCUCAAUUUAUGAAUCAAUAUGCACAAAAAGAAAAGUUUGCUACAAAAUCUGGCUACAAUCCACUCCUUAGAGACUAUUCCAACUUUUCAUUCUUUUUGAGUUAA